AUGGCUAGUGCACCAGUCAACGCAUCAUCCGUGCCAGACGGCUAUCUUAGCACCAAUUUUAUGGACUUGUUGUCUCUCUCGCGCACGGUGCAGGUAGUCACUGGGGGUGCCAGAGGCAUCGGUCUGGCGCUUGCUUUUGCCAUUGCCGAGGCUGGUGGCCAAAUUGCCAUCAUUGAUGCUGCCCCUGAGCCUCACGCGAAUUACGCCUUGCUGCAGUCUGCCUGUGACAAGGUUGAGUACUACCAGUCGGUUUCCCUCUCGCUCCCUCUGGCGUUUGCAUCUCUUGACUACGGUACACCAUCCACUGACGCUUGCGAGUGUUUGCGAGGCCAUAGGUCUGAUGUCACUGAUCACGGGCGGCUGUCCAACACUUUUGAGGACAUUGUGCGGGAUUUUGGGCGAGUCGAUGGCAUCAUUACCGCUGCGGGCAUCUGCCCCGAUCAACCGUUUCUGAGCCGUGACCCAGCCAGUGUCAAGAGAUGCCUCGAGAUCAACACGUUGGGCACGUACUAUAGCGUGCAGCUGGCGGCGGCACAGAUGACCAAGCAGCCAACCCUUCCAGGCCGCGCUGGCGCCGGCUCCGUCGUCAUGAUUGCAUCCAUCGCAGCACAUCAGGCCAGUAAAGAUCAGCACACCAGCGACUACUGCAUGAGCAAAGGCGGCGUGCUUGCCUUGACCAAGCAGCUCGGAGUGGAGCUGGCCAGUCAUCAGAUUCGUGUUAAUUGUUUAUCCCCGGGAUACAUAGCGACGGACAUGACCGCUGAGCUGAUCGAGAAGAGGCCACUUCUUGGCGAGAUAUUCAACAGCGAGCCUCCCAUGAAGAGAAUCGGCGAUAGGAAGGAUCUUAAAGCUGCUGCUGUUUUCUUGCUGUCAGAUGGCAGCGCCUACAUGACAGAUGCAGAGAUGCUGAUCACAGGUGGCAUGCAUGCUGGAAGAAUUUGA